CUCGAGGGCGUGCUGUCGGCAGCCGAGCUCGAGAUGACUGGCUCGAGCGUCGAGGGCCUGUUGACGAGGCUCAGGUCGGGCGAGUGGAGUGCGGAGGAGGUGACGCGUGCCUUCUGUCGGCGAGCCGUCCUUGCCCACAAGCUUACCAACUGCCUCACGCAAGUCUUCUUUGACCGCGCCAUCGAGCGCGCAAAGUGGCUCGACGCCGAGUUUGCGACCAACGGCCCGACGGGCCCUCUUCAUGGCUUGCCGAUCUCGCUCAAGAACCAGAUCGACGUCGAGGGCGAGCAGAUGGACCUGUGUUACGUCGGCUGGGUCGGGCGCGUCGCCAAGAAGAACGCCGUCGUCGUCGACUGCCUCCUCGCCCAAGGCGCCGUCCUGUACUGCCACACCAACAUGCCCCAAGCCCUCAUGUCGGGCGAGACCGUCUGCAAUUUGCACGGUCGGACGCUCAACCCGUGGAACCGAGCGCUCUCGUCCGGUGGCUCGUCUGGAGGUGAGGGCGCGCUCAUUGCCCUACAUGGCUCACCUCUCGGCGUCGGUACGGACCUCGGUGGCUCGGUUCGCGUACCCGCCUCUUUCUGCGGCAUCUACGGCUUGCGGCCCUCGUACAACCGCAUCCCGUUCUGCGGCACGUCGAACGCCAUGCAGGGCUUCGAGGGCAUCCAGUCGGUCCUCGGCCCGCUCUCGGUCUCGGUCGACGGGCUCAAGACGUUUUUCAAGGCCGUCGUCGACACCGAGCCGUGGAAUCUCGACCCUCUAGCGCUCCGCAUGCCCUGGAACGAGUCGGCCUACCGCCUGGUCGAGCACAACGGCGGCAAGUCGCUCUGCUUCGGCUUCAACCGCAACAACGGCGUCGUCAAGCCCGAUCCGCCGUACCUGCGCGCGAUGGACAUGCUCGAGACGGCCCUCGUCGCUCAAGGUCACAAAGUGCUCGACUACUCGCCUCCCGACGCCGCCACCGGCGAGGCCAUCCUUAACUCGUUCUUCUCGGCGGCCGGCGACGAGGAGGUCAAGCGCGAGUGCGCCCUGUCCGGCGAGCCGCCCAUCUUUGCCGCUUCUCUGGCUUCGGCACCGGCGCCUCAGCUCAGCACGCACGACUACUGGCAGCUGUGCCUCAAGCGGCGUCACUGGGUCAAGGAGCAGCUCGACGACUGGGAGGCGACCAAGCCGAGGACCGGCACGGGCCGCCCGAUCGACGCCGUCAUCUCGCCGACCGCGCCCUACCCGAGCUUUCGGCACGACGACGCCCUCGAAAACUUGUACACGGCGGUCUGCAACCUUUGCGACUUUCCGAGCGCCUCGUUUCCCGUCACUACGGUCGACCCGGCCCUCGACGUCAAGGCCAACGCGCACGCCUUUGCGAGCCCAUUCGACAAGCUCAACUACGAGCGCUACGACGCCGAGGCGUACCGCGACUUGCCGAUCGGCCUGCAGGUCUACGCUCGCAAAGGCGAGGACGAGGCGACGAUUCGGUUCGCCGAGAUCUGCGCCGCCGCACUCGAGGCGUCGAAGUGAGCAGCGGCGAGCGACGGCGGCGGGCGAUGGGCACGAGCGGCGUCGAGACGAGGAAGGCGAGGGUGGAGGGUCGUUCGCGCGUCGAACGCGACCUGCUCGCUGUCGGGCGCCAAGUCCUUGUGCAAUACCUCGAGCUGCAAUGGACGCUGUCCUCUCU